AUGCUUUUCCAUUUUCGACUCUUACGAGUCCUGCCUCUUCUUCUUUCUCUUCUCGCGGGGUGCGCUCUCGCUGAGCAUACAUCAAACUGGGCCGUUCUCGUCUCCACCUCUCGAUUCUGGUUCAACUACCGUCAUCUCGCAAAUGUUCUCUCUCUGUACCGCACGGUCAAGCGUCUCGGGAUCCCCGACUCGCAAAUCAUCCUCAUGCUGCCCGACGAUAUGGCCUGCAACCCCCGAAACGCCUUCCCCGGAACGGUCUAUAGCAACGCAGAUCGCGCAGUCGACCUGUACGGAGAUAACAUCGAGGUGGACUAUCGGGGCUACGAGGUGACCGUGGAGAACUUCAUCCGCCUGUUGACCGAUCGGCUGGAUGAAGACGUGCCGCGCAGCAAACGCCUGGGGUCGGACGCUGGGAGUAACGUACUCGUGUACAUGACCGGACAUGGCGGGGAUCAGUUUCUCAAGUUCCAGGACUCCGAGGAAAUUGGCGCGUGGGAUCUGGCGGAUGCGUUUGGCCAGAUGUGGGAGAAGAAGCGGUACCAUGAAUUACUCUUCAUGAUCGACACCUGCCAGGCCAAUACGAUGUACACGCACUUCUACUCGCCGAAUAUCAUUGCGACGGGAUCCAGUGAGCUCGACCAGUCCUCGUACUCGCAUCAUGCGGACAGUGAUGUCGGGGUUGCUGUGAUCGACCGCUGGACCUACUAUGUACUCGAGUUCCUAGAGACUCAGGUCACGAGUGCCAACUCGAAGGCAACAUUGGGGGAUCUUUUUGAUUCGUACGACGAGACCAAGAUUCAUUCCCAGCCGGGCGUCCGGUGGGACCUCUUCCCGGGCGGGGAGCAGGAGGGCCGCCUGAGAACGGUGGUCGAUUUCUUUGGGAAUGUCCAGAACGUCGAUGUUGAGAAUGCGAAUGCGUCAGAUCCUGGCUCCUUGAAGGAGGAUCUUGUCGAGAUUGCUCGUCUGGUGGAGAAAUGGCGCAAGCGAGACCUGGACCUUGCAGCUCGCAAAGGACCGGUGUCUGAAAACAACACUCAGACAGAUUCGCCCUCACAAAUAUUGCAGUCAAAGAACGUCGUGCCGAUACGUAUGGCUGGGGAGCCGACCUGGGAGAAACGGCUGGUUGGAGCUUCUGUGUUGGGCGCAUGCGCCGCCAUUUGGUUCGCUGGAUCGAUCUUGGGCAGGUCCUCGGUUUGA